AUGACCAAGGCGAUGAGCAUGGCCAAGGUGAUGAAGAUGGAUCCGAAGGCUUCGCAACUCUUGCAGAUCAUGAUGAGCAGGGAGCUGGCGAACCUCGGCAAGAAGGAGUACAUCAAGUCGGUCGACUACGAGCAGCAGCUCAUGCAGAUGUUCAAGGAGCAGGGCUGGAAAGGAGUGGAGCACGAUGAUGCAGAUCAAGAGGCGAAGGAGGUCGGGCUCACAGGCGACGACAAGAAGUUGUGGGACCUCCUCGACGAAGCUCGCGCGACGGGCUUCAUGUUCAACAAGAGGACCGCCCUCGGCAGCAGGUUCGAGCGCUGGAUGAAGAAGCACUGGACGCAGGAGGCGCAGAAGCAGCACGAGCAGGCCUCCUCGACUUUCAAGCAGGCCAAGCGCCAGGACUGGGCCAAGGAGCGGUUCGAGUCGAUUGAGAAGACGAGGAAGAUGAUCGAGGAGCACGUGGAGUCCGAGCAGCUGAUCGGCAAGCCGAUGAACCUCGACCAGCUGAUCAUAGAUCAGGGAGGAUUCGACAGGCCGAGUGCUGUGCAGGGAGCGCUCAACAUAGCGAUGACAAUGAUACGCAAGGGACCGCCGUUCGUUUCGAUCAACCCAGACUCAUCGAGAAUCGAGUUCUGCAGGCGGGUGAAGAAGACCGUGCUCGACAAGCGCAAGAGCUACCAGAACAUCACGACGGAGUCCAACUUCAAGAAGGCCAGAACGGGGACGUCAUCGGGAUCGGCUGACGAAGGCUCCGCACCUGCCGUGGCCGCACCUGCCGAUGGAGAUGGAUCUGUCGAGACGCCUGCGGCACGCGGCAUGCAAGCGGUCGAGGAGACACCGAUCAAGGACACGGACAAGGACAAGGAGAAGGACAAGGCUGCGAGGGUGAAGGCCAAGGCGAAGCCGAAACCUGCACCAGGCAAGCACAGCAAGCGGGGCGAGAAGCCAAAGACACCAGAGGGAAAGGCCCUGAUCAAGAAGAUCCAGGAGACGGUCAACCUCUACGCGACUAGCACCAGGUCCGUCAUCAAGAUCGCCUCCACCGACCCGAAUUGGGCUACCGUGAAGGGCUUCGCGCCGAAGAUCCAGAAGCAGCUGGAGAAGGUCGAGAACCUCAACUCGGACAACAGCGUUUUCAGCGCGAUCAUGGUGCACGGCGUCGACUACCAGGACGGCUUCAGCAGCGAGGAGCGCUACGCGGCGUGCACGGCGAUCAUGGCGCAGCUCGAGAAGCUCAGGACCAUGGUGAACAAGCUGCGCCAGAUGCACUCGCUGGGCGCGGGCGACGAUGAUUCGGACUGA